AUGCCUUCUAACAUCUCCAGUUCGGCUUCCUCUCCCAGCUUUAACAUCAUUUAUUGGAACUGCAGGGGCGCUUCACUCAGGAAACCUGACAUCGAAAAAUUGUCUGAGUCCCAUGAUAUUAUUUUCUUAGCGGAAACCCUUCUAAACCCCUUACACCCUUACUCCAUUCCAGAAUUUAAAGUAAUUCGUCAAGACCGUGACACUGGCCGUCAAGGCAUAGCGCUGCUCAUCCGCAAUAAUAUCAAAUUUACGCUUAUUAUUUUGGAUAGCAUUCUGAAAGUAGAUGACUCUGUUGAAGUUAUUGGCAUCAAAAUUUCGGUUAACAACACCAGUACCGCCCUCUUUGGACUUUAUAGACAUCCCACCGGGAUUUGUCCACAGAGAACCUGGCAAAGGUUUUUCAACCUGUCCAAUUCCUUCCCUCAAUCUCUACUCUUAGGAGACUUCAACGCACAUCAAUCCCACUGGGGGGCCUCUUCUCCCAAUUCGGCGGGACAUGUCAUUAUAGACUCGCUGGACCGUUUCUCUUUUAUGUUACUCAACCCAAAUAUGCCUACGUUUAUUCCUCCCCCAGGCAUUAAACCAUCCUUAAUAGAUCUUGUCAUUGCUUCUUGUAACUUUGUUUCUCUCCACAACACUCGCGUGUUUAACGACACGCGCGGUAGUGAUCACCGUCCGAUCGGUAUCACAGUAAACGCCAAAAUUAAAACAAACUGUGUCUUUUCCCACAAGUAUAAGUUCACCAAAAAACAACUUAGAGAACUCACUUCUUCUCUAGAGAGCAAAAUGCAUGAGAUUGAGGCGCUCGAUCUCCGCGACGCGGACAAUGAGCCCCUAAAACAGUACGACUCCUUUAUCAACUCUCUGCAGGAGGUUAUUGAUACCAUCUCCCCCCCUUCCAAUACGCCUAGAACCAAUAACGGCAGUAGCAUCCAACAACAAAAUAACACUCACCACAGUCUUCCCCCAGCCCCUUAG